AUGAGUACUGAGACUGAAUGCCCGUUUGUGCAUGUGGCUGGUGGUGGGACGACGAUUGCAGACUGGUGGCCGCAGCGGUUGAAGUUGGAGUUGUUGAGCCAGCACUCGGCGAAGUCGAACCCGAUGGGGGAGGACUUCAAUUACGCGGCGGAGUUCAACAGCUUGGACCUGUCCGCGGUGAAGAAGGACCUGGCGGCGGUGAUGACCGACUCGCAGGCGUGGUGGCCGGCGGAUUUCGGUCACUACGGUCCAUUGUUCAUCCGCAUGGCGUGGCACAGUGCCGGCACGUAUCGCACAGGCGAUGGUCGCGGCGGGGGCGGGCGCGGGCAGCAGCGUUUUGCGCCGGUGAAUAGCUGGCCCGACAAUGUGAGUUUGGACAAAGCCCGGCGGUUGCUGUGGCCGGUGAAGCAGAAGUAUGGCCGCAAGAUUUCCUGGGCCGACUUGAUCAUUCUCACCGGCAACGUCGCCCUGGAAACGAUGGGCUUCAAGACGUUUGGUUUCGGUGGCGGUCGCGAAGAUGUGUGGGAGCCCGACCAGGAUGUUUAUUGGGGUUCGGAAACCACAUGGCUGGGCGGCGAUGUGCGUUAUGCCCAGGGUUCCGAGGGGGUUCCAAAAGGUCAAGAUGACGCCGUGCUCUCGGGCGAUGACGAUGCCGACGGAGAGAUGCACACGCGCAACCUGGAGAAUCCUUUGGCCGCGGUGCAGAUGGGUUUGAUUUACGUGAACCCCGAGGGGCCGGAUGGGAACCCUGACCCGGUGGCGGCCGUGCAGGACAUCCGCGACACGUUCGGCCGGAUGGCGAUGAACGAUGAAGAGACGGUGGCGUUGAUCGCCGGCGGGCAUACGUUCGGUAAGACGCACGGUGCCGGGGAUGCGGCGAACGUGGGCCCCGAGCCCGAGGCAGCUCCGCUGCAAGAGAUGGGCCUGGGUUGGAAGAGCAGCUACGGCACGGGUAAAGGGGGCGAUGCGAUCACCAGCGGAUUGGAAGUCAUCUGGACCACCACGCCGACCAAGUGGGGCAUGGGGUUCUUCGAAAACUUGUUCGGUAACGAAUGGGAACUGACGAAGAGCCCCGCCGGUGCUCAUCAAUGGGUGGCCAAGGGGGCCGAAGCGACGGUGCCCGAUCCGUUCGAUCCGUCGAAGAAGCGGUUGCCCACGAUGUUGACCACCGACUUGGCGCUACGGUUCGACCCGACGUACGAGAAGAUUUGUCGGCAUUUCAUGGCGAACCCCGAUGCGUUCGCCGAUGCCUUCGCCCGAGCGUGGUUCAAGUUGACCCACCGCGACAUGGGCCCACGCUCGCGAUACCUCGGCCCCGAGGUUCCGACGGAGGAGCUGAUCUGGCAAGACCCGAUUCCCGAGGUGGAUCAUCCGUUGGUCGAUGCGGCGGAUGUCGCAUCGCUAAAGAGCAAGGUGCUUGCCUCGGGGAUUCCUGUCUCGCGGUUGGUUUCGACCGCCUGGGCGUCGGCGUCGACGUUCCGAGGGUCGGACAAGCGCGGUGGGGCGAACGGUGCCCGGAUUCGCUUCGAGCCGCAAAAGGAUUGGGAGGUCAAUCAGCCGAAGCACCUGGCGAAAGACCUGAAGACUUUGGAAGGGAUUCAAAGCGAGUUCAACCGUUCGGCUGCGGGCGGGAAGAAGAUCUCGCUGGCGGACUUGAUCGUGCUGGCCGGGUGCGCCGGUGUUGAGCAGGCGGCGAAGAAUGCGGGGCACGACGUUACCGUUCCUUUCUCGCCGGGGCGUAUGGACGCCUUGCUGGAGCAGACGGAUGUGGAGGCCUUCGAAGUGCUGGAACCGGUGGCCGACGGGUUCCGGAAUUAUCUCAAGGGCAAGUACACCGUUCCGGCCGAAGUGCUGCUGGUGGACAAGGCCCAGUUGCUGACGCUGACCGCGCCUGAGAUGACGGUGCUGAUCGGUGGCAUGCGGGUGCUCAACGCGAACUUCGACGGGUCGCAACAUGGUGUGUUUACCGAACGGCCCGAGGCCCUGACGAACGACUUCUUCGUGAACCUGCUCGACAUGGGCACCGAGUGGAAGCCGACUUCGCAGGAAGCAGAAACUUUCGAAGGCCGCGAUCGCAAGACCGGCGCGUUGAAGUGGACGGCCACGCGGGUGGACCUGGUGUUGGGGUCGAACUCGCAACUGCGGGCCGUGUCUGAAGUGUAUGGCUGCGGCGACGCGGGCGGGAAGUUUGUCGAAGACUUCGUUGCGGCCUGGGACAAGGUGAUGAACCUCGACCGCUUCGACCUGGCGGUGGCGCUGGCCGCCUUGCUGGCGUUGGUCGCCGGGUAUGUCGAUUGCUUUGCACUGAUCAACCUGGGCGUGUUUUCGUCGUUCAUGAGUGGCAACACCACACAAGGCGGCAUGUAUACGGGCGAAGGGGAGUUUCUGCUGGCAGGGAAGAACCUGUUGCCGAUUCCCUGCUUCGUGCUGGGUGUGAUGGCCGGGGCGAUGCUGUUCGGCGGAGCCAGCCCCCAGACGAUUCGCUGGCGGUGCUGGUUCGUGGCUUCGCUGUUGGCACUGAGCGGAGGGAUUCAUUACCUCGGCCCGCUCGCGCUGUGGGGCAAUAUCAUUACGCUCAGCUUCGCGAUGGGCGUGAUGAACACCACGAUCGAGCACGUCGGGCGGCAAUCGGUGAGCCUGGGUUAUGUAUCGGGCGAUUUGAACAACUUGGGCCGGCACCUGGCUUUGGCCAUUCGCGGACUUCCGGUGCACGAUGCCCAGGGUUCUUGGGAUACGGCCUGGAGCCGCACGGGGAUAUUGGCCUCGGUGUGGAGUUUCUUUCUCAUCGGGGCGGUGCUUUCGGCCGCGGGGAUGCACUUCUCGGGAAAGUGGAUUCUGCUGCCGGCGAUCGUGCUGCUAUGUGUGCUGGCGUAUGGGGAUCAGGGGCUUCACGCUAAUAGAAUGAAACAGCGGCCCGGGUCAAAGGCAGUGGUGGGUGAGCUGCUGACUGACGACGGUGGUGUCGAUGCGUUGCUGGUGCUGUCGCACAGCGACGAUGUGAAGACACAGACGGCGGCGACUUGGAUUUUGAAGCGGCUGUACGAGCACCAAGUUACUUUCACGAAGCCGCAGACGCAGGAGGUGUUGCGUUUGUUGCGCGAGGUGACUUCGUGGGAGGCCAAACUGCAUUUGCUACAGAUACUCGAUGGGUUGGUGAUUCCUCCACGGAACGGCAACGGCUUGCGGAGGACGUUGGAUCUACACGUGAGCGACGAGAACAAGCUGGUGCGCGCCUGGGCUUACAACGGGCUUUUCGUGCUGGGCAAUCAGAUCAGUCGCUUCCGAGAAGAUGUGGCCGCGCUGCUCGCGCAGGCCGAGGAUGAUCCCGCGGCUUCGGUCAGGGCCCGGGCGAGGGCCUACUCGGCGGCUCUUGGUACCGACUACUCCUUCAACGGAUUGGCAGGCGCAAGGAUGCUCGAGGCGGUGGAGAGAUCGGUUCUUUAUGGACUGGCGCUGCUGAUCGGAAUGAUUCUGGGCGGGGUGGCCGCUGCGUGGUGGCGGCCGGGUGUGAGAAUUCGAGGGUACAUCCAACACUUCUCGGCCGGCGUGGUGUUCGCCGCGGUGGGCGUGGAGGUGCUGCCCGACGUGAUGCAUCGCGACAGCCCGGUGGCGGCGGCCGUUGGGUUUGCGUUGGGCACCCUGUCGAUGCUCAUCAUCCGCGCGUUGAGUCGUCGGGCGGAAGCGCGUGGGGAAGGCCGCGCGGGAAUUCCCUGGGCGAUGUUAGCGGCGGUGGCCGUCGAUGUUUUCGUCGACGGGAUGUUGAUCGGCGUCGGGUUUUCCGCCGGUGAGGAGGAAGGCAUAUUGAUCGCGAUCGCGAUGACCGGGUGCAGUCUAUCACUCGGUCUGGCCACUGCGGCCACGUUGAUGCAGUCGGGCCAAUCCCGGUUGGGUGCCACCGGGUUCACUGCCGGAUUGGGAGUGCUUCCCGUAAUGGGAGCGGUGGCGGGCGCGAUCCUGGCGAGUCAGCUUACGGGGACCUCGAUGGAAGCACUACUGGCGUUCACCUGCGCGGCCCUGCUGUACCUGGUGACCGAGGAGUUGCUGGUCGAAGCCCACGAGGACCAGGAAGCCCCUGAGUCUGCCGUAACCACCGGCAUGUUCUUCGCCGGGUUCCUGACGUUGAUGAUGGUGAGUAUGACGAUGGGACAAUGA